AUGGCAGUGAAGAAACUGCGCAAACGUGAUGGCAACCGCCGCGGCCGCGGCCGCCGCGUCCAGUCGUCACUACCGGAGGACAUCAUCUUGGAGGUGCUAGUCAGGCUGCCGGUGAAGGCCCUGUGCCGGUUCCGGUGCGUGUCCAAGUCCUGGCGUGCCCUCAUCUCCGACCCGGCCUUCGCCGCCGCGCAGAGAUCCCGCACCGGCCCGCUCGUCGUCGGCGUGUUCCGAUCCAGGCCAGAGUGGCACGAGCUGCGGCUGCUGGACAGGGACGGCUGCGUCCUCAGGGUGUUCGACGUCAGGGGCACGGCAUUGCUUGCGCCGACGCGCCUCGACCUCAUCUUCGUCAACAAGAGGAUGCCGCAGCUCGGUGCCAUGAUCAUCGAUCCGGCGUCCGGGCGCGGCUUCACCAUUGUUGGCACCAACGAUCCUCCCUCUCUGCACCCUGCAUGGUGCGACGUCCAAUGGCCGGCCUCCUUCAGUGACUACAGCUUUGGCCGGGCCGUGCCAUCCGGCGACUACAAGGUUCUCCGCCUCAACUUAACUUCGUCGAGCUGGUAUGGAGAUACCCUGUCGUGCAAGGUGGCCACGUUCACGGACGGCGGUGAAGAACCGACAUGGAGGCCGAGGCAAUCGAGCCCAUUCCGCACAAGCUUUUCCUGCAAACACAAGGCAACUGUCAAUGGCGUCCUCUACUUGAAGGCUCACGACACUUACGCAACAUCUUAUCAUAGGAAUCGCAUAGCUGCAUUUGACCUUGAGAGUGAAGAGUGGAAGGCGGAGAUGAUCAAAGGAUCAUUGGGGCUCAAGGAGAAAAAAAGGCACAUUGUUUACCUAACCGAGCUCAAGGGAACCUUGUGUAUGGUUCACAACGUCUGCAAUCUCCCAUGUUUGGGUGGCCACUUUGCCAACUUAUGGUUCUUGAUGGAUCCUAACAGGAGUAUUUGGGACAAGGUGCAUACGAUACAGAUGCCUGAAAACAUGUUAUUUACUAAGCCAUUGGAUGUCAUGGGUGAUGGCACAAUAUUAUUGUUGUUGAACGCGUUCUCGAAAAGGAACUCGGAGAGGUACCAUGCAUCGAAUAUCUCCGACGACGACGCCGUUUGCGUAUCGCUGCCGGAGGACGUCGUCUUCGCCGUGCUAGUCAGGCUGCCGCUGAAAGCCCUGUGCCGGUUCCGAUGCGUGUCCAAGGCGUGGCGCGCCCUCAUCUCUGACCCGGGCUUCGUCGCCGCGCAGAGAUAG